AUGAAUGUAAGAAAUGCUAUGCAGUCGAAGGUUAUGCAAACCAUGCCUGUUUCACAAAUUUCAAUUGAAAGUACUGCUGCUGCCAACGUAAAUUUGCUAACUCUUCGAGGAUCCAACCAAAUGCCUCAUAUUAAAAGAUAUCAUCAGUGUACUACACUGUUUGUAAAAAUUUUACUGGAAAAAAUGUUUGAAGAAGAAGUUUCGAAAAAAGGAAGACGAAUUGGUCACAAACAGAAGUCUCGCAAAAAUCCGCUCCAGUUAAGAGUUCAGUGCAGUGAAGAUUUAUGCGACAAAGUUACGAAUGGUACAAUUUUUCUACUUGAAAGCGUAGAAAAUCGUUUACCGUUUCAUCCGUUGAACAGGGAAAUAUUGAGCAACAGAGGUCACUCCAGUCUUGAAAUCCAUUAUCAUAUAAACUUUUUUUGGAACACAAGAGCGAGCAAAACCCAUCGAUUCUCCCUUAACGCACUUUCCCCUUACUUCAUGCGUUAUGGAACAAAGGUGGAGGUAUUAAAAGGUGAAAUGAGUAGUCCACUCGUUGCAGUCUCUAGUCUUCGAAACACAUUAAACAAUAAUUGUGGUUUAAUACCCAAGUGCUCAUGCGCAGCUCCAAUUUUAAAGUUCUUAAACAAAGACUUCAUCCAGUUUGAUUAUUGUGCUGAUUUUGAUGUGAAACAAAUACUACACACUGUAAGCAUAGCCAUAGAAAAUCAACUUUUCCGCCUAGCAGUGCCACGUGGACAAGAUGCAAGGCGAGUAUUUUUGAGUUCCAGCUUACUAUGGACUAUAAGUCAUCCAUUUGAUUUAACUUACCGGUACUGCAGGGAUCGUUCACCAUUUGCAAUACAUCAUAUCAUACAUAUCAACAUAUCAUUAUUUGAUAACCACAUUCCAAUUAGAUUGAAAAUACAGAAAACGUACAAGGCUGAUGUAGAGAAAAAGAACUCAUCUAGUAGUGUUUUGAAUUAUGCAGUAUGCUUUAGCAACUUUCAUUUGGCAAAUGAGAAAUGUGCUUUGAAUGAAGCAUCAGGAAUUCUAAUCUUCAUGAUUAUAUGCUUCCAGUCCUCAAAUGAUCUUACAUUCAACGAAAUGCAUGGAAAUUCAGUUAACAAGGCAUUGGCUGCAAAUGAAUCCUUGUUUUUUAAAAUAGUUUUACCAGACAGAACUUUGCCAACUUCACUAGGUGGCGAUCGGAUGAAUGGAAAACCACUGAAACACCGCUUCAGUUUUGGAAAGAAUUCAUAA